GGACUUUCCUAAAUCUGAUCCACUUGUAUUUUGUUCUUUGAAAAUGAGGUGGAAUUCAUUGAAUAAAAUGGAGCAGUGGUUAACAAAUUUUAGCUUAGAGAAGAGAAAAGAAAAGAAAAAGGGAAAUGGCUACUUCUUCUCUUUCAUCGUCUCUGCUGCAUUCACAGUGUGGAUCCUUCCUUGCCACUGCCGUCUCUCGCUCUGCCACCCGUCUCCACACCAAAAGCCUCAAGAACACUGUAAAUUCCUAUAUUUCCUGCUGCAACAACCCCGGGUCUGAAGGAAAUACCAGAAAGCAAUCUUUGAGCAAAAGGAGAGAGCUUUUGCUUCAAGCUGGCCUUGUUGCAUUUUCCCUUUCCGCAUUUCCUUCAGUUGCAUUUGCAGAUAAUGUUGCAGUGAAGGAGUCUCCUCGUGUUUAUUCUGAUGAUGUGAACAAGUUUAAGAUAUCCAUUCCAGCCGAUUGGGAGGUGGGAACUGGAGAAGGUGAUGGAGUGAGGUCACUGAUUGCCUUCUAUCCUCAAGAAGCUUCAAACUCAAAUGUCAGUAUAGUGAUCACAAGCCUUGGUGCUGACUUCACCAGAUUGGAAUCUUUUGGAAAAGUUGAUGAAUUUGCAGAGAAUCUGGUUAGUGGAUUGGACCGAAGCUGGAAACGGCCUCCAGGAGUAGCAGCAAAACUCAUAAAUAGCAAAUCUGCUAAUGGGUUGUACUACAUUGAUUACACACUCCAAAAUCCUGGACAAAGUCUCAGGCGCCUAUUCACAGUGCUGGGAAUAGCAAACAACGGUUAUUACAACCGGUUGUAUACUAUUACUGGACAGUUUGUAGAGGAGGAGGCAGAGAAAUAUGGUGCCGAAGUUGAGAAGGCUGUUGCGUCUUUCAGGUUCAUGUAAUUGGCAAUGGUGGGCGUGUCUUCCUUCUGGUUUGACAUUUUGGUGCGUGCUUGUCAAUAAUGGGUCAAAGCUAGCUACUGCGGACACACUUGUUCUAGCUAGAAUGAAUGAAUGGUAUGUAUGGUUGGAUGUUUAAAUGGCACACAUCUCUCAUCUGCUGCCUGUAUGCUGAGUAUAGUAUUAUUUUGUAUUUAGGCUCAUUUUCUUUCCAAUUCUUUCUCAAGAAGAAAUGCCUUUAAAUUGUACUGUAGAAUGAUACUUUGGAUUUUGCAGCACAGCACAAUUUUCAAAUUUCUGUUGGUUUCAGUUUCAGUAAGGGAAAUUUUGGU